ACCUCGUAUUUGAAGUGAACUUUAUUGAAACACUCUUGUGGACAAACAGCAGUGUGUCCUUCAGUCCAGUCUGUUUUUAAGGGCGCUUCGUCAACCAAGAAUCGGCGUUGGUUUGAAAGAAAAGCGUUCUUUUAUGGACCAUGGCAGCAAAGAUUUUCCCCGUCAUCAAACUGGCCACGAAGGUGACCCUUGCAGGAGGGGCUCUUUACGUCGCCCAUGACUCCGGACUCCUGGGCACCAGCAAGCAGGGCUUCGAGGCUCUGGAGCGGGCCAGAGCGGCCAUACCGCCCGCUAUGGAGGAGUGGAUGAAGUACUUCGGCUUGGAGGCUCAACUUCCAGCAGUACCCAAGGUUGAAUUCUCCCCGGUCCAGGCCUGGAAUUCUGGGGUGCGGACGUCCAUUUCGGCUCUGUCGGAGGCCCCCAGAAAAGCAAGCGAAUAUUCCACCCGAGGCUUGCAAUACGUUAAAGACCUCGCCAAGUGAAACACUAACAUCCCUGGAGGCAAGCAGAUUAUUGUUAUCAAAAAGUCUUUAUCACUUUGCACUUGACUGGCAUGUCCUUGAGCGUUGUUGCCUGUUGAGCAAAGGUAGGGAAGGCCAGGUAAAGCCACGUGUUUAUAGUGAGAACGCAGCCAUGGAGUUAUAAAUGCAAAUAAUACCUCUGAGGAAUUGUUAUUUAAAAAAAAAAGCCCACAAAUGGUCCAAGUUUAAUCAUAAACAUUUUUCAAGACAUCAUAUCAUCCACUUGGAGGAAUAAAAUGGCCCCUGAUAGGACAAAUCCCCCCCCCCCCCCCUCUUCAAAAGAAGAAACGUCCAACAAGUUAUUCAAUUGUAGGUUGUGGUAUUGUACAUACUGCUAGAAAUAUAACAUUUUUUAAAAAAUAAACACCAACUGCACAAUUUGUUUCUCUUCCACAAAUCUUUUACUUUUUAGCCUGAUAUUUCAUCGACAUGCUUCUACUUUCCAAAAGUGUUCAUCUUCGAUUAAUUGAAGACUCAUGAAAUGAUUUGCUCUCCGAUAGGUCAAGGUGUGAUUGUGAGUGUGAAUUGUUCUUAUUUGUCAACGUGUGCCCUGCGAUUGGUUGGCGCCCAGUUUAGUGUGCACCUCGCUGACUGCCCGAAGUCAGCUGGAGUCGGCUCCAGCACGCCCACGAACCUCGUGAGGGUGAAAUGGUUCAGAUAAUGGAUGGAUGCCCUUGCCAAAUUUAUAUGAUGUUCACAAUACCCUAGCGGACUUUUUAAUGUCUUUUUAAGUGUGUCUGAUGUCUGUUACUUGCCUCUACAAGUUUCAGUGAUAGAAAAAAAAUCUUCAGAUGAGUGAGGCUCACGUUAUCAAAAGUUUUGCAACUGCCCCCGUGUUCCACUUAUCAUUAUCUGCAUUCAUAGUUCCACAUACAGGAACAUGUAGAAGUCAAAGGCUGUAUGCUUGAACGAAUCGUAACAAAAUUCUAAAAUGAGUUCCCCGGUGCAGGAGGAAGUGCAAAGAAAAUUGAAGGCAAAAAAUGGGUGUCAAUGCCAUCUCUUCCCAUGAGUUGGGUGAACAGUUUGUUGAAAAAUCACACAACUAGAAUCAGGGUUGGUGUGAGCUACCCGUUUAUUGUUUUGAUAAAAUAUUCACGACAAUUUCACACAACUUGUAUACAUUAAAUACUGAAAGUGCUGCAUUUUUUUUAAACCAUCAUGCCUGUAAAUUGAAGCCGAUUAUUGAGCGGGUGGGGACUAAGCUAAUAAUGUAAACGUACAAUAAAGUGCUCCCCACAAUAUCAACAGA